AUGGCUACCACCACGUCGCCUGCAGCUGCAGUGACGCCGGCGCAAGAGAACAAGCUGUCGCCCCCGAGUCCUUUGCGGUCGGUCCUGGCGGGGAGCUUGGCGGGCGGUAUUGAGAUUGCAAUCACGUAUCCUGCCGAAUUUGCGAAAACAAGAACACAGCUGAACCGCCGGCUACCGGACGGCCAGAAGCUCCCAUGGCCGCCAUUCGGAAAGCAGUGGUAUGCAGGAUGUACGACGCUGAUCAUUGGCAACUCGGCUAAGGCUGGCAUACGAUUUGUUGCUUUCGACCAGUAUAAGAGUCUUCUCGCCGACGCCGAGGGGAAAGUCACCGGCCCCCGCGCCGCACUUGCAGGAUUCGCAGCCGGCGUGACAGAAUCUCUGCUCGCAGUGACUCCCACGGAAUCCAUCAAGACACAACUCAUUGAUGACCGCAAGCGCGCCCAGCCGAGGAUGCGCGGCUUCCUCCACGCCGUGCCCAUAAUCUACCGCGAGCGCGGCAUUGCCGGCUUCUUUGCUGGAUUCGUGCCCACCACCGCACGCCAGGCCGCCAACUCGGCAGUACGGUUCGGCAGUUACAACUUCUUCAAGCAGGCCGCACAGUCCUACGUGACGCCAGGCGAGAAGCUCUCCACUCCUGCGACAUUCGGCAUAGGAGCCAUGGCCGGGCUGGUGACGGUCCUGGUGACGCAGCCACUAGACACGAUCAAGACCCGGAUGCAGAGCAUCGAGGCGAGACAGAUGUACGGGAACAGCGUGAGGUGUGCCGGGUUGAUCUUCCGAGAGGAGGGUGUGUUGACCUUCUGGAGCGGGGUCGCACCCAGGCUGGUGCGCCUGGUUAUGAGUGGCGCAAUCGUGUUUACCAUGUACGAGAAGUGCAUGGAGGGUUUUGAUCGGAUUGAUCCCGAGAGAAAAUAUAUUUGAUGCCGACAGGGGUGGAUGAAGCAGGGACCAUCAUGAUAUAAAGUGGACCAAGAUGAGUAGUGGUCACAUUGCAGCUGUGGUACUCGGGUCCUAAAGGAAAGCACGGAUUGCACAAUGCGCCAAGAAGACCGGCCUGAUCUCGGACGAGCAUGAUGAUAUACAUUUCCGAGGUAGUAUUGUACAGUACAAACCCCACACGUAAUAGCAUGCAUCUGUAACAGCUGAAGAAUAUCACCGCAUACCACGCAAGAAAAUGGGUUGUCUUCUACCGAACCGUACCAGUUCCGUUGCCGAGAUCACGCCACCCGCAGUGCUGCUUCAUGGAACACACCUACUCGACCCUGCAGCCUCAUCCGCAAAGGAACACUCGUCUUUGACGGGAGCCAAGAUGGCAUGACUGACAGCCUCUUGGGGGAGAAACCAAGAGAGAAAGACAGGGACCUGGGUCUAUCGCAAGACAUCAAUCCUUCCAUCUUCCCCAGAAGAUCUCAGGAGGCUAUCCUGUUCUGAUUCUUUCUUCUUCCUCUUUGUACUGAGAGAAGAGGAAUCGGAAAAGGGAGCAGAUGGCUGCAUAUCUGGUUGCCCAACUCUACUUCAGGGCUUUUUGGGAGCCUUUUCAAGGUGUUUUGUUCGUUGCGACCACGAGAUGUGGUGGAUCGUAGCAGUCCAUGCAGUGACUCGAGCAGCGGCGCCAGUUGCGUUCGGACGUGUUCCCGGUUGUCAUCGGUAUCUAUUGGCGGCGGUCUGAUUUGUGCGUUCUCAUCCGUCACAGCUGAUCACGAGAACCUGAUCAUACCCUUCAG